GCUGUACUGUAAAAACACCAUCCCACAGCCUUUGCUGCCAGAGGAACUCAACAGCCAGCACUGACAGAGCCAAGAGCAGGAUUGCCCAAGCCAUGGAGCGAGAGCCAAUGCGCAUAAGGGAGGGAUACUUGGUUAAGAAGGGCAGCAUGUUUAAUACCUGGAAGCCAAUGUGGGUUGUGCUUUUAGAAGACGGAAUUGAAUUCUACAAGCGGAAGGCUGAUAACAGUCCCAAAGGGAUGAUCCCACUAAAAGGAAGCUCUAUUCACAGCCCAUGCCAAGAUUUUGGCAAAAGAAUGUUUGUCUUCAAGCUCACUGUGGCCAAGCAGCAGGACCACUUUUUUCAAGCUGCCUACCUGGAGGAGAGAGAUGCCUGGGUGCGGGAUAUCAAGAAAGCAAUUCAUCACAUAGAUGGAGGCCAAAGGUUUGCCAGAAAAUCCACAAGGAAGUCCAUCAGAUUGCCUGAAACAAUCAAUCUGAGUGCUUUGUACCUCUCAAUGAAAGAUCCUGAAAAGGGAAUAAAGGCGUUGAAGCUGGAAAAAGAUAAAAGAGUGUUCAAUCACUGCUUUACAGGCACCUGUGUGAUUGACUGGCUGGUGUCCAGCAGCUCCGUCCGAAAUCGCAAAGAAGGUCUCCUGCUUGCCUCUUCCCUCUUGAGUGAAGGCUACCUACAGCCUGCUGGGGACACAUCCAAGGCAGCUGCCGAGGGACUGUCAGACACCCCCUUCCUGGAUCUCAGUGAUGCCUACUAUUACUUUCCAGACAGUGGAUUCUUCUGUGAGGGAUAUUCCAGUGAUGAUGAUGUGGUCCUAAAAGAAGAAUUCAGAGGCACAAUUGUCAAACAAGGAUGUUUGCUGAAACAGGGACAUCGGAGGAAGAACUGGAAAGUGAGAAAGUUCGUUUUAAGAGAUGAUCCUGCAUAUCUUCACUAUUAUGAUCCUGCUGGAGGAGAAGAACCACUGGGAGCAAUUCACUUGAGAGGCUGCGUGGUGACAGCAGUGGAAGAUAUGCCAGAUACCAAGAAGUAUGAUGCUGACAACAUCCUCUUUGAAAUCAUCACAGCAAAUGAAAUCCACUAUUACUUGCAAGCAGCCUCAUCCACGGAGCGUACAGAAUGGAUCAAAGCAAUCCAGUCAGUUUCUAGGACUGGUAAAUGAAGAUGAUCUUCCAGCAAGAAGACAGACAAAUUAAAUUAGUUACUCAGAAAAAGAGAAAACAGAAUUUAGCAUUUCACCAAGAGAAAGCAGUAUCACCCCAAAGGGCUUGUGUGUUGGGGUUGAGGACUGGGUGGAAGUUUCAAUUCUAUAGUGGGCACUAACAAACUAACAUUUUUCCACUUGUGUUAUGGUAAUAUUUUACUAAAUUAUAACAUAGAACAUGCCAUAUUAGUGUGUUGCUUAGAGUAAUCUGUCUGCCUUGAGAUGGUUGUACCUGUUGCCACAGCUGAUAGUGGAAAUCUCACCAUUAACAGGGAACACAGUCGUGUCAGUGACAGAGAGUACUCAAUUAAUCACCCUCUUCAGCCUGUGAUGUGUUUCAGGAUUUUCAUGUAUUUCAGUCUUCUCCAGACAAUUUUUACAUUUUCUUCUUUACCAGAUCUUGUUGCUGCUUGUUCACUUAUACAAAUAAUGCCAUAGAUAUAAGGAAAAGUCAACUCAUUUGGAAACCUGAUCCACUCCUUUCCGAUCUGUCAGCUUUAAGGGAGGGAAGAAUGCAGACAACUAAGGAAACACCAUGUGGAACCAAGUAUAACUCCAUGACAGUAGUAUGAGGAAAAGUCUCUUCCCACAGUAUUUCAAACACAAAGCAAUCUCACUCCAAACUCCGUAUCACCCAAUUUAAACCUUGCCAUAUUUCUCCACAAGAAUCUGCCCCAGGACCAUUGUUUCCCUUUAUUUAGGUCUCACAAAGCAGAUGCUGGGUUGUUAGGUACUGCACUCUAUUUGAAUUAAGAAUCUUGGAAGAGAAGGGAAAGGAUGCAUGGGUUGGUUACUUGAACUUUGGAUUGAAGUGGUUUUGAUUAGGUUUUCUUUUUUUAACCUCCAGCAACAUACUCAGUCCUUGAUUCUGUGCCUUAGCAAUAUAAGAGAAACCUUGUGCUUGCAACUGAAAUAAAUAUUUUUAUUUGAUA